AUGAGAGUCGGUUGGGUUAAUUCUUUGCUUGCUGUCACAGCUCAAGCUCUGGAUCAUGACACGCCGUGGCAAGCGGAAGAAUGUUCGAAAUUUGCAUCCUCGUUCUCGAAGACGAGCGACAUAGGAAGGUCGAUUCUGAACGCUACUCAUAUUCCCGUGAAGGCUGUUAAUAUCAGCGGCACGCUCAACACACUUCCACUAUGCCGCUUGUUUGGCCAAGUCCCAUAUCCUCAAAACAACUCGGUUAUCUUCGAGCUCUGGCUCCCCGCAGCGGAGAAGUACAAUGGUCGAUUCCUCGUUGUGGGAAAUGGCGGGAUGGCAGGUACAAUCGACGAGGGCAAUGUGCUUCUUAAUGUGAAUAAGGGAUACGCAGUAGCAGGUGGUAAUGCGGGCCAUCUGGCUUCGCUGAAUAACGCGGGCAACGGUGCUCCUGGGGUAUAUCUGCCGUACAUGCAUGACCCGGAGCAAGUCAAAGCAUGGAUACACAACUCCAUCGCCUAUUUCACGCCGGUCGCCAGGAAAAUAGCCGCCAAGUUCUAUCGUAGUGCCCCAAAACACAGUUAUUAUGAGGGGUGCUCUACAGGUGGCGCUCAAGGCUUCGCUUUAGCCCAGUUUCACCCACACCUGUUUGAUGGUAUCGCAGCUGGAUGUCCUGGAAACUGGUAUUCUCAUCUAGCACUGUCCUUCCUAUGGAAUGCCCAGGUGACUCGGGGUUCAAAUUAUUUGCCGCAGACUGCACUUGAUCUCAUCACGCAAGCAGUCUUGGAAAAAUGCGACACGAUUGAUGGGGUUAAAGAUGGAGUAGUAGGAAACCCCCUAUUGUGCUCUUUCGACGUCUCGUCUCUGGAGUGUGCCUCCUCAGUGACGAAUUCAUCCACGUGCCUUACGCCGGCUCAAGUGGCGACGGCACAGAAGAUUUACGCCGGACCUACUGAUCUUCGUUCAAACGCCUCUCUGUACCCAGGAUUCUCCGUGGGAAGCGAGACAGAGUGGACGAUGCAGCAAGGCACUUUAGCGAACGCAUUCUCGAUACCGAUCUUACAGAACAUGGUCUUUAACCUGACUUAUGACUCUUCGACAUUUAACUGGGGGACCGAUGUAGAUGCGCUCGACGAGAAAGUGGGCACGUUCAUCGACGAGAUUAGCCCAGACCUAUCAACGCUGAAGGCAACGGGCGCCAAGAUGCUGGUGUUCCAAAGCUGGACAGAUCCAUUUAAUGCCGCGACAUGGCCGAUUCAACAUCUUCACCAGAUUGAGGACUUUUUCGGCGGGGAUGUGGGCGAUUGGUUUCGACUAUUCAUGAUACCCGGUGGUGGGCAUUGUGGCGCGGCUUCGAACUAUCCUCAGGUUCCGGCGUCGUGGCAUGUGCUUGACGCUCUCGUGCAGUGGGUUGAGACGGGGCGGCCGGCAACUGAGAUGUUGGGCACGGAUCCUUCAGACAAGAGCUUGCUGAACAAGACAAGCAAAUUUUGCAGCUGGCCUCAAACGGCCAAGUUUCUAGGAGGUGACCCGAAUAAUUGGAAUUCAUUCGAGUGUCGAGAGUGA